AUUUCAUCUGCCAAACCAUGAGAGAUCAAUGUUCCAAUCGUUACAGCCCUGUCAUUCUCUACAGAUGUCCCGAAUGCCAAAAUUAUAAUAUUAAUCAUCAAUCAGGCUCUUUAAUAUAUUAAUCAUCCAAUCAGGCUCUUUAAUAUAAAUAAAUAUUACUUAUCCAAUCGGGCUCUUUAUUAUCCCUACAUGUCGGCCACGUUUGACCCCAAUGCAAUUUUGGCAUUGGGAAAUCUGUAGAGAAUGACAGGGCUGUAACGAUUGGAAAAUUGAGUUCACAUAGUUUGGCAGCUGAAAUGGAGCUUGUCUAUUUAUUGGGUAGCAUGAUUAAAACCACAGUAAUUUCAUUACUACUCAGUUUGAAUCUCCUCUGGAGGAGAUUAAUAAUGAGUGAAAAAACCAGUAGCUCUGGAAAUGAGAAGGAUGAAGAUUCAUUGAUACUGUACGAGGGGAAGGUGUGGCACGAGCGAAGGCAACCUGUUGUUCACAGGUUUGAUUACACAGUGAGAUAUGCUCUCAUCAAUUUGAACAACCCACCUCCUUGGAUUUUGCCUAUCAUCAGCAGCAACCACAUGAAUGCCAGCCAAGUGCAGGCCAUUGCAGGCACUAAUGGACCAGUAUAUCUCCUUACAAUGCCUACAAGUGUUGGAUAUGAACAGAAUCCUCUAAGUGUUUAUUACUGCUAUGAUGUAGAAGGAACCAUUAAAUUUCUCAGAAAAUGCAUUGCUGAGGUAACAAAUACACCUUGGGGAGAGAGAGUCUCAUUUGUUUUUGAUCCAAAUUCGGACUUGGUUGCAAAACCUUUGCAUGUUAGUCCUUUUAUGGAUAUGCUUGGGAAUUGGAAAAUGCAUGCAAGUCUUCCUGGAAGUAGUCUUGCAUUGACAAUUUUGGUACAACACCCCGAAUUUGGUAACUAUUUCACUGCAACCCUACAAGCAAAGAAGGUGGAGCAACUGAUAGUAAAUCCAGAAAUAUUUUUAUGGUUGAUGCCCCACAAAGUAGCAAUUUGGAUAUAUUGGCAGGCCCUUCAACUGUGGUGGAAAGGCGUGCCUUUCGUAUCACACCCUAAGUAUUCAAAUGGUAAUUCUUACAGAGAUCAAGCUCUGCAGCGUGAUAGUCAAUUGCAAUCUGCCCCAGUAUGUGGCCAGCAUGAAAACUUGUGCCAGAAAAGGCACGAAACCUUUAGCCAAAAAUUUGUGCCUUGCUUGAAUAAAUGUAACACUGAGUGUGGAAGGUGGUUUGUUUGGAGAGAUGCUCGGUGGCCAUGGUCAUAAAUUGAUCAAAUUUGACUCCUUGAUGUAGUGUAAGAUUUGUUAAAGAAUUAAUGCUCCAUUUUUUUGAUAUUUUCUCUAUCUAGAAUUAAAUUUGCACUGUUCAUUUCAUAUCUUUACACUCUUCAAUUAACGUUGUGUAUGCCUAUGUGGAACAACCUUGAUAGUGUGAUUGUUAGAACUUAGGAAAUUGCAACAUGUACUGUCUACUGGGUAUAAAAGCUUAAGGAACACUUUUGUAGAAUAUGCUACCACAACAUUUGGAGAAGAUAACUGAACUCCGGAUGAUAGCACAAGGCACAUAUAAAUGUUACCAGUAAAAGUGGAAGAAAUAAAGAGACAAAAAGGGUUUGACUU